GAAUAAAAGAUUGUCCCACAUGUAAAUCAGUUGUUCACAUAGCUGACAAUUCUGCUACACCAAGAGACUUAAUACUGUUAGAUCAAGUUAAGUUACCAGUUAAAGUAAUUGUUUGCGGAGCCAAAACCAAAGAAGAUGUUAAUCCAGGAUUAAUUUACAUAGCCGAUAAAACACAAGGAUCAAUUCAUACAAUGAAAGAAGAUAUUUUAUCUGUAGCAGGUCAGUUUCCACGUGGGAAGACUGUCAAAAUUGGAAGUGACAUUUAUAAACUUGGUUCUAGAGGUUUCAAAAAAGUUGAAACAUUAAAUGAAGAUGAAGAUGGUCAAUCUGAUAGUGACACUAGUGAAAAUACCAAUUCAGCAACGGAUAACGAUGCUAAUGAUGAUGACGAUGAAGAUGAUUCAGAAACAGAUGUUGAUUCAAUAACAACUAGCGAUACUGAUGACGAUGACGAUUACUAUUAA